AUGAAGAAAGUGUUUCAAGUGUGGACAUAUAUUUUGAAAAACCAAGGGAAGGGAUGUAGGAAAUGGUGAAGCAUAGUAGAACAGUAAGGAGCAGUGGACCACGAAUAGAAGCUCAAGCGGUAGAUUAGGGCAAUCAAUUGGCACCCAAUCCAUUCACAGAGAAAUAAAAAGACUCACAGCUUAUUGUAAACCCUAGUCCAGCUCUAGCUCGUGUCUAGUUGUUAAAGCUAGAGGACUAAGUUUUGGGUUUGGGAGGAGUAAUUGUUGCUAGACUUGCUCAGGUAAUCAUUCUCAACUAAAUUAUACUGUACAGUAUUUGUUAUCUUCUCAAUAGGGUUUGCAGUUCGUGUUGUAUUUUACUAGCUGACAUUUGCAUUUAAACAACUUAUUUAUCUAAUAGUUGUACUUUUAUAUACUUGCUAGAUAUUAUUGUCUAUCCACAUUUGGAUUCAAAUGUUGUUUGUUUGGACUUUUCUUCUCUGGCAUUUACACCACUGUUUUUUUGGCUCCAAAUACGCAACUGCACUCUCCUUUAUUGCUUGUUACCUUUUAAGCAAACACAUUUCAAGGCCUUCCAGUAGGGAAAAAAGUUACUCCUAGUUUUUUGUUUGUUCUUUGAGUAGUUGUCAAUAUCAAAUUUUAGUAGAUGUGCACCAAUUGGCUACCAGUCUUAGGUUCGCCUCUGACAGUGUGAUUUUUUAGCUGAUUGAUUAUAUCUUGCCAUGGUUCCGAAAUUUGGACACAAGUACCAAUUUGAAUUAUCUUUGUUCGUUGGUGAGCUCUUUAUACUUUAAUUGUUUUCUUCACUUUUUUUCCCCUUUCUUGAUAAGCAUUUCCAUCCUAUUCACUAGGUCGUAUUCUAUAAUUUGCUUCUAUCGUGCAUCUUGUGAUGCCACUUGCCCGGAGACAUUCACCUAUUACUAAAAGCUGAAAGCAUGGAUGACCUAGCAAUUUGUUGGAUACUUAUUCUGGUUUACAUAGUUCUCUUACUGGGAAAAUGAUGGAACCUUUUUGAUAUAUCUCCUGCCCUUUAAAUCAGUUGGAUGAGCUGUAGAAAUUUAUCAAUAGUAUUGUCACUAUCAAUUCCUUUUAAUCCUUUAAAUAAUUCUUACCUUACAAAAAAAUCCUUUAAAUAAUUGUUAUGAUUCUUAUUCCUCUUUGUGAUGACAUAUGCUAUCUGUCCAUACUCACUAGUUUGUAGACAGACUUGACAUAUUGAGCUCAACAAGUCAAUUAGGGUAUAUGCAUGAUAGUUCUACAGAUGUUGCUUGUACUACCAAUUCACCUGGAGCAUUGCAGCUAUUAUCAGUUGCAAAUAUACAGUCGGUAGCUAACAGUAUUGACUCUAAGAUUUUAAUUUAUAUUUUGAAACUACUUCUGAUAUGAGUGAAUAAUAAUAUCAAUAGACUGCCCCCUAGGCCUUUGGUGUAGUCAGUAGAGGUAAGACCAUAGUUCUUGAUGUAUGAAUUAGGUGCUGCCGCUAACAAAAGCCUUGUAUUUAAGUGUUGAAGAGUACCCAUUAUCCAUCGAGUUUAGAACUGUGUGCCAGUUGGACAUGAGGGGUUUCUCGAUUAUCAGGAAGAAAAAAAAAACAGAACUCGAGAUUCCGCCUUAUACUUUUUUUCUUUAAUAGUCCAAAAGUCUUUCUGACUAUAGUUAUGGAAGAUGGAGAUAUUGCGGCGGGUGGAAAGAAUGUGCUCUGUUAGAUGUUUUAAGAGCCAUCUUUAUGUGAGUUCCAUAGUACUGAGGCCAUGAGUGCCACUAGAGCUUGUAGUCGAGCUCAUUUAUUUAUCUCCGGGAAUGAAUCUCCAAUCCUCCACUGCGGAAACUUUAUGCAAUUUUAUUUAUAUUCAAGUCAAGAAUGAACAUCAUUUUAUUUUGGUUAAACAUGAAAAAGAAUGUACAAUAGUCAUUCAUCUGCAAAGUUGGAGAAGUUACAUUAUGGAAACAUAUGCUUCUUGCUUUGGGGGUGAAACUUCCUCUAUUUGACUUGUCAUACUUUGUUUUUGGGUUGUUUUGGGAAGUUAAUUUCAUCGGUGUUUGAUUUUUUCAUGACUGGACCGAGAUAGAGAAAUUGAUGAUAUUGAAAAUCUUCAAGGUAUUGGUUUCCUCAUGGCUGGAACAGAAGAUAUAGCUAAUGAUGAUGUUGAAGUUCCUUUAUAUGCAUCUCCUGCAAAUGUCUUGAAGUUGUUAAAGGUGGAACAGAAAAGGAAUAAAUUAGACUCGCAGAAAAAUGAGUUACAACAACAAGCUGACAGUGCCAUAUCUUCUUUGUACAAGAACAUCCUCUUGUAUGUGGCGUACACAGGAGGAAUCAUCUAUUUUCAUACCACUGAGUUACCAUCUGCUAUUGCCUUUAAUGUCUCCAUUCUAUCAAUGUGUUUGUUUAUGACUGGACUGUUCUUUCAUACGAGCUGGGCAAAAUCGAUGAUUACAAGAAGGGACGGCUACAUCGAGUUUUUUGCAGAAAGGCAUAAAAGAUUGAGAGUAGAUGCACGAAUUCUAGUGGAAUUGGAAAACAACAGGAGAAGAAGAAGGCUAGCAGCCAAUAUUGCGGAUAAUAGUGAAGGUCCUCUCAUAGACAUGGCUUCCUUUAUGACCAGAUGUAAGACGAUUUAUGAUGCUGCAGAUUUUUAUGACUUUCUGAAAGUUUACCAUAAGAAGAUCAACUUGUCUUGGGUGCUCGGAGGUGUCUACGUUCUUUUUGUGCUGAUCAUUGCAUUCUUCAACUAUUACUACAAGCAAGGACAGGAUUAUUCAUUCUCUGACUAGCUGCCAACUUGCAACUUAGUGGUUGAAUAUUUGGGUCUUUGAUGAGAUGGGAAGUACAUGGAGCAAUAUCUGUAUUCUCUCUAAACCAGGGAUGUCUGUUCAAGUAUGAGAUGUUCAAGUUCUGCAUUAGUAUACAGUAGUAGUGGCAGUGGAUCAGCAUUUUCAUUUAAUGAGAUUUAAAUACUUAAGUUUUGUUGUGGCAGUGUUCUUUGGUUCUGACUGAAAAAUGCAAAACAUUAUCAUAUCAUUUGCACCUCA